AUGCAGCGUAUUACCUCUCGAAGUCUCGUCGGUCUGGGUUCACCUGUAAGUUUCUGCCAGGUUCCGUCUUUGAUUGCGUCGGUCACUCUACGACGCUUCCAUUUGGGAUGCCGCGUACCGCGGAUUUCGAUCACAGGCGUAGCAGGGCUGGCACUUCGCACAGCACAGCUUUGGUCUUCCUCGAGCACGAAGCCGGUGACGCCCCUUGACGCCUUGGAUAACGGAGACAACCUCUCCGCAGUAAAUGUAGAGGACUUUACAUUGAACGAGGAGAUUGUUCAGCGUGAUCUUGACAACCUAUCACAAUGGAACUUAUUGUCAGAGGCAAUAGAGUCGGCACGUAGCGCUGAAGAUUACCCUCGACUCCUGCAGGAAGUCCGAAGAGGUUUCGAUAUCCUCGAGAAAUUAGGUCCUUUCAACGCUCCUAUUCAAUGUGAAGCCUUGCUCUGCAUGGAGGCUGCGCAAGCGCAUUAUAAUCUAGAUCAGUAUGACGACGCGUUGAAGAGCGCCGAGCGCGGAAAGGAAUCGCUAACGACAAACACGAAGCCAGAUCAGAGGGAUAUGGCCCAAGUCGGGGAAAUUAACCAGUUCAUCGGUUAUAUUUUGCUGGCCAUGGGAAAGGCUAAUGAGGCUCAACAGACGUUUACCGAUGUGCUGCACUGGAUUGACGUGGACGCCAAGUCAGCGCCGCCCAUACAGGCUGUCGCUGCUGUGAACCUGCGCCGCGUGGUCCUCUGUGGUCUUGGGGAAAGCUACUGCUUGCAGGCAGAAUUGCAGGAGCGGGACGGGGGAAGUAUUGAUGAGGCUAGGAGACUUUACGGGAAGGCACUUGACAUUCUUAUCGAAGGCUUAAAUCAGCAUAUCGAUGAGAGGGACUUUGAGCUCGUCAAGAGGACGCUGAAAUUCAUUCUGAAGUGCUUUGAAGGGUUGCGUGAUGUCCAACAGGCGGUUUCAACAUGCCGGAAGUACAUUAGCUGGUGUAGUCGGUACGACGACAACGAGGGCGUCUUGCAGGGGAAGAAGAUGCUCUCAGAUUUGUGUGCUCGACACCAGAUCCCAAAUCCCAUCGAACAGGAAAAGUCAAGGGAAUCGGAAAAAUCAUAG